AGUCCCCCAGCUCGCGAGGACCUUACAUUUAUAGCUCCUCAAUACUUGUCCAUUGUAUUCUAUUCCUGAUCGAUUGUUGUCAGAUUGGUGAGGAUCAGGAUGUCUGCCUCUCCAGAGAUGACCAGUAGCCUGUUCUACACCAUCCUGGCCCCCCUGCGGUCGGCAGUCCCUGGGUCUGUACCCGGGGCUGGAGGUGGAGGUCUGGUGAUGACCACCAUGGAGCCCAACAUAACCUCCUGUGAGGAGUGGGAGGAGGCCCACCACCUGCUCUUCCACCUGGGGAACCUGUCUCUCCUCCUGGGCCUGGUCAUCCCCACCACCCUGACCCUGCACAUGAUCCUGCUGCGCCUCAUGCUGAUGACAGGAAGCUGUCUGUUCAUCACCUGGGCAACGCUGUACCGGUGUAAUCUGGAUGUCAUGGUGUGGAACGUGGUCUUCCUGCUGGUCAACUUCAUGCACUUCUUCUACCUGGUCUACAAACGCAGACCUAUUAAGAUUGACAGGGAGCUGAAGUCAGUGUACAAGCGGAUGUUUGAGCCCCUUCACGUGCGCGAGGCCCUGUUCCAGAGACUGACGGGCCAAUUCUGCACCAUCCAGAGCCUGAAGAAGGGACAGGUGUAUGCUGCCGAGGACAAGACCUCCGUGGAUGAGCGCCUCAGUAUCCUCCUUAAAGGAAAAAUGAAGGUGUCAUAUCGUGGUCAUUUCCUCCAUAACAUCUACACCAACGCCUUCAUCGACUCCCCUGAGUUCAGAUCAACCCAGAUGAACAGAGGAGAAAAAUUCCAGGUGACCAUCAUGGCAGAGGAGAACUGUAAGUUCCUGUGUUGGUCCAGAGAGAGGCUCACCUACUUCCUGGAGUCUGACUCCUUCCUGAACGAGGUGUUCAGCUACCUCAUUGGCAAAGACAUCACCAACAAGCUGUACUCACUCAACGACCCCACUCUCACUGACAAGGCAGCGAAGAAGAUGGAGCGUCAGCCCAGCCUGUGCUCCCAGGUCUCUAUGAUGCAGAUGAGGAACAGCAUGGGCAGCACCAGUGACACUGGCGACAUCCUGAACCAGAUCCACCGUGGAGGCUCCAGUGGAUCCUCACAUCAAAAAUCUCCUGGCUCCAAGACAUCCAAAACGAUGAAGCCCAUUGAAGAACAACUGGAAAAUGACGUCUUUACAGAGUCUGAGCCAGACUCUCCUGUUAAGAAACGCCACACCCACUCGACAGUCAUAGAGGUGUAAGAUGUGACAUUAUCCUACAACAACAGUGCUGACCACCCACCUAUAUUGUAAUCUGAUACAGACCCUGGUUAGUUAUGGUAGAAUAACUUAAAACAAUAGCUUGAAAAAGGCUUUUACAUGAUCAAAAUAUCUAUCUACGUGUAUCUAGAAAACAGAACUGCACAUUUUGGCAUCUCACUUUGUCUUGUAGUGUUUGGUAUUAUUGUGAGUUUGUAGCUGUUGUACUUUUGAAAUCCUGUUUGAUUGGAUGUUGUACAAUGCCUUUGCUGUUCAUUCCUACACAGUGAGAGUUCAAAAAAGUAUUAUGUGUCACAACCAAAACAUUUUAGUGUAAAAGCACAACCUCUGAGGAAGGUUUCUUUUAAAUAUUUUACUCAUUGUGUGAUAAAUUCUCUUAUUUAUGCACUGAGCUUCUGCACGGUUGUGUGUUGAUGAAUGUAGAGAUCUAACAAGUUAAAUCUUCUGGUCAAUGCUAACCAUUUGAGGCUGUUAUGCUAUUUUUUUCAUGGCUAUAAGCACACAAGCUUGGGAAUCACUCUUUUAUACCAUGAUCGUUACCUUAUGUUAAUGACUCAGAGGGAACACUUGAAAAAUAAAUUAACAGUAGACCUCUGAUUUUUAUCCUCUAGCGCCCUCUAGGAGCUAUCAUGAGUACUACCGGUUUAUUUUCUCAUUCUGAGCUCCUGUCACUGUUUAAACCAGGUCAAUGUUCAAACUCAUUCCAUGGAGGGCAUGUUUUGGUUUUUCCUUUCAAAUAAGAUCUAGACAACCAGGUGAUGGAAGUUCUUUACUAAUUAGUGACCUUAAUUCAUCAAUCAAGUACGAGGAGCCAAACAGAAACUCGGCCCUUCGUGGAAUGAGUUUGACACGUGGUUUAAACUGUCACAUCACUGAAAGAUCAACCAGACCAAAAGAAGAUGUAAGCAACAGGCUUUAUUAUUUCAGUCAAAUAAACCUUUUGAAUA